UGAGCUCAACUAAGAGUUGCUUAGAUCUUGUUUACGCUAGUGCUCGGCGUAUUCGGCAACUGCUUUUUGCGUUUGAGUUGGUCAUCAAAUAAAUAGCUAAUUGAUUGGUUGUUUGAUUGAUUGAGUGACGGAUUGAUUCAUGAUACGCCAAUGAAGUCAACCACAAUCAGUUCAGUUUACGUCAGUGCAUCUUGCAACUCAUUCCCAAAUUGUUGCGAUAUUAGCGAUGACAAUGUUGUUUGCUACGGCUCGUGUAAUUCGUUGGUUCUAUUCAAACUGCUGAAUAAAGAGGAUGUAAAGAUUACGCUUUCUGGUCAUUCUGAUAAAGUUAACAAUGUUAAAUGGAUAAAUUUACCAGGUUCAAAGCCAUUAAUUGUCUCAUCCUCAUUGGACAAAUGUUUGGCACUGUGGAAACCGGCUGAGAAUAAUAAUUAUAAGUUGGAGUUGAAGAUGGUUUGUCAUGAUGGUCCGAUAACUUGCAUGGAUUUGUUGAAUAUUUCGGAGAACCUCGUCUACAUUGUCACCACAUCAGCAGAUUGCACCACAAAGAUUUGGAAAAUGAAUUUAAAUGCAGAAGAUUCUCAUAUAACCAUUGAGCAGUUAACUACAAUACAGUUGAAAAAUCAGUUAGUGUUAUCACUGGCUAUUUGCAAAUUGCCCACAACAUCUGAGGUUUUAUUGGCGUUCGGUGUAGAGGAUCUAAAGAUUCAUUUGUUCAUCGAGAAUGAAAAUAAGUUUGAAGAAGUGAUGGUGCUGAGGGGGCACACCGAAUGGAUUAAUGGACUUGAGUUUGUUCAACAAGACGAAAGAAAUAUCUUCUUAGCCAGCGGAAGCCAAGAUUCUUAUAUCAGAAUAUGGAGAAUUGAAAGUUUAGACCAUAAAGCUGCAAGUGUUGAUGACAAUACCAACAGUGAAAAUGCUUCUAACGACAAUGGCAAUAACGAAAAUGAUUGCAUCACCUUAACAAGCAACAUAAUUACAUCUUGCCAAUCUGCACUCAGGUUCGCAGUGACGCUGGAAUCUGUGCUGUCAGGUCAUGAAAACUGGAUAUACAGUGUACACUGGAACAAAUCAGAGAAGAACGAAUUGAGAUUAAUAUCGUCAUCUAUGGAUAAGACGAUAAUUGUAUGGAAGGUCGAUGUUUCAACAGGCCUUUGGAUCGAAGAAAUUCGAUUAGGAGAGAUUGGUGGUAGUAAUUUGGGGUUUUAUGGUGCUCGAAUGACCCGCUCUGGUGGGAGGCACAUACUUGGGCAUGGCUUCAGAGGAUCCUUCCACCUCUGGUCUCCUUCCCACGUUUUAGGUUCUUCUGUUGAAAUCAUGCAACCUUCAAUGAUAUGUGGCGGUCAUUUCUCGUCAGUGAAUGAUUUAUGCUGGAACAAACAUGGUGAGUAUCUACUGACGGUCAGCAACGACCAAACUACGAGACUGCAUGCCAAGUGGAAUGAUAAGAUUUGGUGUGAAAUGGCUCGUCCACAAGUUCACGGUUACGAUCUUCGAUGUCUUUGCUCAAUUGAUCGGUUCCGAUAUGUGUCAGGAGCCGAUGAGAAAAUACUGAGAGUCUUCAAUGCUCCGCACAACUUCCUUCUGAACUUUUCAACUCUCACAACUGCCGUUAUUUCUAAAGAGGACUUAUCCAGUACAAAGGUAGAGGGCGCUUGCGUUCCCGCUCUAGGUCUUUCAAAUAAAUCUGUUUUGCAGCAUCAGAUUCCUCCGCAAGAAAAACAGAAGACUAAACAAGACUAUGAGAAUUAUUUUGUGCCUCAAAUCUAUCUAAGUCCUCCAACCGAAGACAGUCUGAUGCAGAACACACUAUGGCCCGAAGAACAGAAACUGUAUGGGCAUGGGUAUGAGAUGUAUGCUGUCGAUUGCUCACCCGAUGGGAAAGUUGUUGCGUCUGCAUGCAAAGCUGCGAAGUUGGAGCACGCGUGCAUCAUCAUAUGGGAGGCGGGGUCGUGGAGGCAGGUGUGCUCCUUACAACACCACACGUUAACUGUUACUCAGCUGGCUUUCAGUCACCAGGGUCAAUUGUUGCUCUCCAUUUCAAGGGAUCGGACUUGGGCUCUCUACAGGCGGCAUCAUCCUGAUUUAAAGUUCAGUAAAGUUUGUCACAGCACGAAAGAAAUGAGCGUACAAUCGCGAAUCUUAUGGGCAUGUUGCUGGUCGCAUGAUGAUCUGUACUUUGCCACUGGGUCCAGGGAUAAAUCGGUGGCCAUGUGGAAAGUUGACGUGCAGUCUGAUUUACAACCUCUCGAUACAAAUUUGGAAAUAGACAAUUGUAGUGGUGGCAGCAGCAGUUGCAACGGUACUAACGAAGCUAACUUGGAAUUGAAGGUGAAGUGUACAUUCUCUUCCAUACUCCACCAAAAUGAUUCGGUCACCGCCAUUGAUAUCGCUCAUCAGCUCGUCUGCCAAAAAUAUUUGGUGUCAGUUGGAUUGGAAAGCGGCAACCUGUUGUUUUAUCUCUGGUCUCCCACUUUUAACGCUGAUGCUUCGCCCUGGAUUUGUUUAGAUGCCCUCGAUAAUAGCAUGGCUCAUCAUAUGGCUGUGAAAAGGUUGCGAUUCAGACCAAGGUGUGAAGAAUCGCAAAAAUCAACCUGCCCGUCACCACUAAUCUCGAAAUCAAACUCUGAUUCGUUUGAGGUUGCGAGUUGUAGUGAGGACGGCGCAGUAAAGAUAUUUGAAAUAAAGUUUAAUUAAUUUAAAACUCUCACUUGUUUAUUUUUUGAAUUUUUAAAAAUAUUUUACGAAACCUUUAGCCAUGCGUAUAUUAAUAAUGUUAAUCUACAAUAGUGAUGACAUUUUAAUAAAGCAAUUUUAU